UACAAUAAAGAUAACACACCAGAUAACGCAGUAUUUAUUGACAUUGCACUUACUAAAUUUUAUUUUAAUUUAGUUGUUUUGUGAUAACAAACAUUCCCCCUUUAACUUAGAAACCAAUUACUUAGUUUAGUGGCAAAGGUAUAAGGAGAUUAGCACAUACCCCCAACUGCUAGCGUAUAAAAAUACAAUUUGCAAGUUUUGGAAUUUCAACUUUUUAGGUAAAAAGUUUUGAAAAAUGUCUCUCUCCCGGCCAGUAUAUUCCUUUUUUGGUUUCUAUUUGGAACAAUUGUUCAAUCAUCCAGUACGCACAAAAUCCAUUACAGCCUCUGCUCUUGCUGCAUCGGCCAAUUACACCUCACAAUGCAUGGCCGGCAAGGGAAAAGUUAAUCAACAAAGUGUUUUGUCAUAUGCCUUGUUUGGUUUAAUCUUCGGUGGCAGUGUACCGCAUUACUUCUAUAAGACAGUUGAACGUUUGUUCCACGAAGAUGUCAAAUUCAGGAAAUUUUUCCAAUUCCUUUCGGAACGUUUGGUAUAUGCCCCAAUCUAUCAGGCAUUGUCGUUGUAUUUCCUUGCACGUUUUGAGAUGAAAUCUCACAAUGUUGCAAUGUCAAAUUUAAUGAAAUUAUAUUGGCCACUGUUGAAGGCCAAUUGGCAAUAUCUUUCUUUGGCAGUUUUUCUAAAUAUUUACUAUGUUCCUCCCAUGUUCCGCACCGUCACAAUGAGUUUGGUUUCGUUUAUAUGGGUUGUUUACAUCGCACACAAACGUCGCCGCUUCCAAGAAAAACAAGAAGCUGCCGCCAAAGCCAAGUGAAUUUCACAAAAUUGUUGCAUUUUUGAGAGCAUAUUUGGAGUGGGUUAAUGCAUAUGUCCAACGAUGGUUCGGUCACAAACUGUAAUUAAGAUGGUUACACCAAUUUUAAAUGUAAUCAAAAUAUUUUAUUAAUACUUCCUUUAUUGUAAACAUGCAGGAGAAUCAAAUUCAAUUGUUUUCUAACAAUACAUUUUUUAUAUACUAAAACAA